GACUAUGAUCGAAUGCCUGUUACGCUCAUCCUCUUUGCUCUUCCUCUACGUCGCGUCCGUUUUCGCGCACCCAUUGGAUGGAGACCCAUCAGCUGCAUUCCGUUGGAUGGUUCUGGCUCGUCCCCGUGCAACAGGCACCAGAAUUUUUGCAUCAAUGUUCUCGCGAGCAUGCCUACUUAACCAUGGCGGACUCCUUGUCAAGUGAGCCCCACUCUUUCUCUUCCCAUUGCCCCUCAUGACUUUCGCUAUUGCACCCUCUUCUUCUACUACUACUGUUUUUGAUCUUACAUCCCCCGUCGGACCGCUACCUUAUAUUCCCGAUGACCUAACCUGCACCCAGUUCCUUCUGGACCACCGUCAUCCUGCGAGGCCGUAUAACAAGUUUUCCAAUCCCUGGCUGGUAGAAGAGGCUACGGGAAGGCAAGUAGGCUGCGAGGAGGCGAGAGCACGAGCGUGGGGUCUCGCAAACGCGCUCAGCUCUCGGUGGAAGAUUGGCGAAGAUGAUGUCGUCUGUGUAUUCAGCGCCAACCAUAUUGACUGGCCAAUUGCGAUUUGGGCUACUCACAGACUGGGUGGCAUCGUAACUGGCGCAAAUCCAGCCUACACCCCUGAUGAACUCUCGUACCAGCUCAAUAUAACAAGGACCAAGCUGCUAAUCACUCACUCUAGCAGCUUGUCCGUUGCUCUCGCAGCAGCUCGCAACUCUGGCAUUCCUGAGGAUCACAUUGUCCUAAUCGAUUCCCAGCCAAUUGCUGCCGGUUCAAAACUCUAUCCGACUGUUGAAACUCUCGUUCAAGAGGGUCUGAAAAUCGCACCCACAUUCGUUGAGCGAAGGCUUGCCCCUGGGGAGGGCAGAACUAAGUUGGCCCUGUUAAACUUCUCCAGUGGUACUACGGGAACGCCCAAGGCUGUCGCCAUUCCCCACUACGCUGUGAUUGCCAAUACCAUCCAGAUGGCUUUUCAUGACAGGGCAGCUGAAGAUUACACAACCUGGGAAAAGCGUAGAACCCGGACCGGUGAUGCGGUCUACGCAGUGCUCCCUAUGUACCAUGUCUACGGCAUUCUCAUUACCCUACAACAUUACAUAUUCGUCGGAUAUACCUUGGUCAUAUCGUCUAAAUUCAACUUGGUCAACAUGCUCAAGAGCAUAGAACGUUACCGCAUCAAUCAUCUGCUAACCGCACCCCCUAUGGUUGUCCAGAUGUGUAAGAAUCCCGUCGUGAAGCAAUACGAUUUGUCUUCGGUUCGCUUCAUGAUGUGCUCUGCCGCACCGCUUUCCGCAGAGCUCACCCAACAGCUCAUCGAGUUGUUACCCCAAAUCGAGAUUCAUCAAGGUUACGGCAUGACCGAAACGUCUUCGGUUGUUACUUGGCCACGGACCGACAAGAAAUACGGAAGCCUGGGAAGUGGAGGUCAAAUCAUGCCCGGUGUCACUAUGAGAGUCGUCAAGGAAGACGGCACAUUGGCCAAGCUUGGUGAGUCUGGAGAGUUGUAUGUGAAGACGCCGGCCAUGGCUCUUGGAUACUUCAACAACGAGGAAGCAACGAGAGAGACGUUCAUUAAUGGUUGGGUUCGCACUGGAGACAUUGUUUAUUUCAAUGACGAAGGCGAGGUCUUCGUCAUCGACCGCAUCAAGGAGUUGAUGAAAGUCAAAGGAUUUCAAGUGGCACCUGCAGAGCUCGAGGGACACCUGUUCACCAACCCCCUCGUCGGCGAUACAUGCGUCGUCCCCAUCCCCGAUGAAUACAGUGGCGAAGUCCCUCUCGCUUUUGUCGUACCUUCCAAAACAGCUCUGGAUCGUGUGAAAAAGUGUCCUGAGGAGGCUGACACGAUCAAAGCGGAGAUCGUCAAGUUUGUUGCUGACAAUAAGGUCUAUUACAAGAGGCUCGCAGGCGGAGUGGAGUUCAUCGACGCGAUCCCCAGGAACCCAAGUGGGAAGCUUUUGAGGAGGGUGUUGCGCGAGAAGGCUAGGGAGUUGAAAAAGGCCCAGGCUGCUACUCAGACGAAGGCGAAGUUGUGAUCCAGCUUUUGAGAGCUGGGACAUGUGAUGUUUAGCUUUGCUUGCUUGCCGUCCUGAGGGUGGUGGAUUAAAAGCUCCUGUGGUGGAUAGGUCGUCCAUCGUAGGAUCGCAUCCUUGUUAUAUUACUUCCUCGCCUAGUACUUCUAUGACCAGUGGCAUGGUGCACUUGAGCGUUCUUCAAUCACAAUCGCACUGUCAUUUAUUUUAUUAUACCAAGAC